AUGGACGCGUUCUCCGUGGCGGAGACGGCCACGACGAGGGAGCGGCCCCACCACCGCACCUCCGUGGUGGGCAAGGGAGGAGGAGGAGGGCGCAGCGCGGAGAGUCCGGCCUGGGGCGCCCUACCGCCCGCGGCGGACUGGGGCGAGCAGCAGCGCUCCUCCCAGCAGCUGUCCUGGUGGCGUGGCACUUCUUCCUCGCCCUCCGCCGCAGUGGAGCCUCGUGCGCGCGGUGGGCAGGCCUCGGCCCGGGCCACCACCGGCCGGCGGGCCGAAGACGACCGACAGAAAGCCGGCGUUGCGGAGCUCAGCAGGCGCGAGGAGAAGGAGCGCCGCGACGAGCCGGCGAAACAGGGCCUCGGUGGUGGCCCACGAAAUGUGCCGGACUGGAACGAGCAGCAGCAGCAGCACCAGCACCAGCAGCACCAGCAGCACGGCGACUCUUACGCUUCGGCCUCGGCCUCGUUCCGUGGCCGUGCACGUCACGACGAUGCCGGGGUCGACCAUGGCCUCCGCGAUCUCGGCUACACCGGUGGCGGCAGCGGCGGCCGCAGCACGGAAAACAGCCGCGAGCCCCGCCACCCCGCAGGAGGAGGAGGAGGAGGAGGUGCCGGGGGACGAGGCACCACCGCCGCCGCCGCCACCAGCAGCAGCAGGCCAGCGGAUCAGUUGCCGGACCACCACCGGGACCACCACCGCAACGAUUGGCAGCGAGGAGGAGUAGGAGGAGGACCGCCACCGCCGGCACCAUCGUCGGCGUCCUCGACGGCAUCGGCUUGGCCCGCACCACCAUCAGCAGCUGAGCAGGCAGGGGUCGGCAGUCGGCGUUCUGCGGCCUCGGCAUCCACUGCUGCCUCGUCGUCGUCAUCGUCAUCGUCGGGGUUUCUGCCGCCGGCGGCCGAUUGGACGGAGCAGCGCAGCGCCGAGGAGAUGGCCUGGUGGCGGGGCACCCGCAAAGCGCCUUCCGCCGUCGCUGCCGCCGCCCAGCAGCAGCCGCCGCAGCGUUCCCGCGCGGGUACCGGGGCGCCGAGGGACGACUUACCUCGCACUGCCACCCCACUCUCGGCCGCCGCGGCGGCUUCCUCCGGCGACCACCACCACCGCCGCCGCCGCCACUCCGGCGAUGGUGGGCACGAGCAGCAGCAGCAGCCCGCUAAGGGCAGCGUUGGACCUCCCUCGCGAGCCCGCGGCCAGGCCUCCGACUGGCCUCCCCCGCCGGGACGAGCUGAACCCCUCCCACCGGAGCCUUCCCAUUGGCGCGAGCAGGGCACAUCGCUGCGGGACGAGCCGCCGCCGCGGAACGGAGGAGACAGGGCGCGUGAUGCCUCGCGCAAGGCAUCGGAACCCAUCGGCAGCGGCGGCGCCGGCGGGUGGGACGCACGAUCACGAGGAGGAGGAGGAGGAGGAGCAGGAUCAGGAGGACGAGGGGUAUGGUCACCGGCUGCCGGCAUGAAGAUGGGCAUGGAGGGGGCAGAGGCGCACCGACGAGCGAGCGAAGGCGAGAGCCACGAGCAGCGCUACUUCGUGGAGCUGCCGGACAAUCCGACUCGCGGGAAGGGCGGCCUCCCGCGCUCUGGGAGGACGCCGCAGGCUCCACGCCUGGUGCGCUAUUCCCCAGAUACUGACGACUGGGCGUGGGCGCCAGAGCCGAGGCGGAGCAGGACGGCGAGGAGGACGAGGACGCCCCACGGGGAGGAGCUGGAGGAGCAGGAGCAGGAGCAGCGGCAGCAGCAGGCCGACGACGACCGGUGGGGCGACGUGCUGAGCAAGCGCGGAGGUCUCGCCGAAAAGAGGCGGAGGCGCAUCCGCUGCUGGAGGAGGCCGGCACGAUCGCAGAUCUUUGGCGGCUGCUGCAUCCGUCGCUCGGCUUCCUCCAGCGCGGACCCCUUUCCCUCGGUGUCCCAGCCCCGACGGUCGGGUCGGGUGGUGGAGAGCUCCGAUGGUGUCCGCGCUGCGGAGGCGGCCUUCGCCCGCCGCUUCUACCGCAGGCACGACAUCAGCGGCCAGCAGCAGCAGAAGCAGCAGGGGCAGGGGCGGCGGCGGGGCGGGUGGUGCUGCCGGUUCUGUAGGCACGCCAGUCGGCGCCCGGCCCCCGAUUGCCCGGUGUGCCGCCAUUUCCCGGCCGCCGCCUCGUCCCUCGCCGGCCGUCCCUCCGCGGUCGGCCCGACUGCCCGCGAGCGGCCCGCCCCCAAGCGGGCGGACGUCGGUGCCGACGAGGUGCUGCUGCGACGCAAGUCGCGUCGGAUGGGCGUCAACCCGCUGGAGCGGAACAAGGCGGGCCUCUACCUGAGGCAGCACCUCAAGGAGAUGCGGGGCGACCUCGCCCUCAUCAGGCGCCAGGCCCGCGACCUCGACCUCCUCUACUACCAGCGCCACCCGGACGCCGCACGCUCCCUCGCACGCGCCUCGUCCUUCUCUGCUGAGCCCGAGACCCACCACCUCGACGACCACGACCAGGACGACGACGAGGACCCAGCCGCAGAGGAUGACGACGACAACGACGACGACGACGAGGACGGUGAGGAAGAGAGCGAGCAGGAGAGGGCGUUGCGGGAAAAGGUGGAGCGCGAGGCUCGGGAGAAGGAGCGGGAGCUCGACAGGAAGCGGUGGGCCGAGGAGAAGGCCCGCGACCUGGAGGAGAAGCGGCGCCGGCAGGAGGAGAUCGACAGGCGCCGCCGCCAGGAGGAACGGCUCGAGCGGGAGCGGGAGCGGGAGCGCGAGGAGGCCCGGCGCAAGGAAGAGGAAAAGGAGCGGGAGGCAGAACGGCAGCAGCGGCGCCGGGAGCGGGAGGAGGAGGAGGAGGAGGAAGAAGCGGAGAAGGAGCGGGAGCGAAAGAAGAAGAUGCGGCGGCGACAGCAGCAGCAGCAAAAGGAGGCGGAGGAGGCAGAGGCGGAGCGCAAGAAAGCUGCGCGGAAGAAGGCCCAGCAGCAGCAGCAGCAGCAGCAGCAGCAGCAGCAGCAGCAGCAGCAGGGGAGGAGGCGGCAGAGAAGCAGCAAAAGGAGGCCGAGGCCGAGGAGAAGCGGCGACAGCGCCGGGAGAAGGAAAGGCGGGAUGCCGCCGAGGAGCAGGAGCAGGAGAAGGAGCGACACGAGCGGAAGAGGAGCAGCAGCGGCAGCGGCAGCAGCAAGGCGAAGGCGAAGGACCCUGGCGUCGGACGCGGAAGAAAACGAGGAGGACGACGCGGUGGAGACCAGCCGGGCGAAGAAGGGAAAGACCAAGAAGACCCGCAAGUCCAGCAGCAGCGGCGCGGAGGUGGACCGCACGGGCGGGGCCAAGAAGAAGAAGAAGGGCGCCACGGCCAAGAAGACACGCAGGAACGCGCCGACAGGGGCGCCGAAGAGAGCGACCGGGAGAGACGAGGACACCGCCUCCGCAUCAUCGGCUGCCGAGGAGGAGUCCGAAACCGAGGCCGACGAACCGGCGGUGGCCCCCGUCGUCGCCGCUCCAGUACCACCGCCCAAGCCCUCGCUCGAGACCGGCUUCCGCAUCGCCGACAUCGAAAUCUCGGGCUCUCCGCCCGCCACCGCCUUGGCGACGGGAUCACCUGUGCAGGAGGCGCCGCGAGGGAAGAACUUGCGUAGCCGCCUCAAGGAGCGCAUUCAGAAUCGCGCCGAUACGCUCGUGUUCGUGGGCAAGGACACUUUCUUCGCCAAGAACAUCGACAAGGUGCCCUUCCCCGAGUUGCCCUCGGACUUCCAGGUCAACGACCGGCAGCGCCGCGAGGAGAAGGAACUGCAGAUGCUGAAGCCCGUCAUCACAGACUUUACGCUACCGGCCACCUACGAUGAGGGCUGGUACCGCGCACGCAUCCCCCUCCCACUAAGCCUCGCGUCGCCUCGCGGCUACGAGAGCGGACCACCAAUCGCCCACCCGAUGAUGGCAUCCUCACGGGGGCAUGGUCACGUCAUCGUCACUGUGGUCAAGGUUCAGACUGCUGUCAGAGGGCGGCUCGCUCGGAGGCGCUAUUCCAAGCACAAGGAGCGUAAGAAGAUUGCCUACGAGAUCUUCACGACGGAAAAGAACUACAUGGAGGCCCUCGCCCACCUCCACGAGUGCCGGCGGAAGCUCGAGGAGGAGUCCAAGGCCAAGGUCAAGGCCGACAAGAUCAAGGUGAUCUGGCAGGACCAGCUGGUGGACAUGAUCGAGCUGGCGCGCAUCCUCACCGCUCGCCUCGAGGCUAAGGUCGCUCCGGGCGCCUGGCACGUCUCCCGCGAGCUCUCCGACGUCUUCCUCGACCUGGGUCCGCGCUUUGCGGUGUACGUGCCGUACAUCAUCCACUACAACGAGGCCCUCGAGGCCCUCCAGGAGCUGACCAAGGCCAACAAGCGCUUCCAGCAGUUCAGCGAGGAGAGUUCGCGAGCUUUCCGGUUCCUCGACUUUGCUGCCAUCCUCAUCAUGCCCAUCCAGCGUAUUCCCCGCUACAUUCUCCUGCUCAAGGCGCUCAUCAAGAUCACACCUCGCUCGCACCCCGACUACGACCAGCUCAACAAAGCUCUCGAUCUCAUGUCGACGAUCGCGACGGACAUCAACAACCAAGUCAAGAAGUACGAAAACCACCUCACCGUGUGCAAGAUCGACUCCCUCCUGGAGUUCGUGCAACCCGAUCGCGAGUUCGUGGGGUCCGGCAUGGUCAUCAUGUACGACGACAAAAAGAAGCUGCGCCGCAACAAACAAAAGGUGCGUACGGUGUUCCUGUUCUCCGACGUGUUCCUGCUGGCCAAGCACAUUCCGGCGUCGGGGGUCUACCAUCUCAAGUUCAUGAUCUACCUCAACCCGUCCGUGCACGUCGAGCACAACCCCUACGUCAAAGGCACCAACACCCCCCCCCAAACCUCUGCUCUCCUGUUGUUGCCGCACGUGGGCAACGAGCACGUGGACUGCGUCUUCCGUCUGCACAGCGACCGCGCCGACCAAUCCAUCACGCUGAUGACGCGCACCAUGGACGAAAAGAUCUCGUGGCUCAUAGCCCUCGAGCAGACGCUCUUCCUCAUCAAGGACAAGCAGGCGCCCAAGUCCGACUGA